UUCCCUGGAUUGUCUGCAAACCAGUCCACCUGUUUAAUCCUUUCCGUUUAUUUCGUGUGAGUCUGCGGAUAGCAUAUGUCUCAGAGGCCUUCCGUCCCUCACUCUUCCUCCAUCGCCUUUCGCCUCCAUUCCCAUCUUCUCGUCUCCAGUGACAUGAACCCUAAUUCCAACUGGCCCUCUUAAUCUAUAUUUUUCUUUUUAAUUAUUUCUUUUCAUUGGAUUUUAGGAACCAGAAACAAAAACCACCCAUUCAUUAUUCUUUUCUGUUUGUUUCCCGAGAAAAUUCGACAUGGGUAUCAAAGGUUUUGUCGAAGGAGGCAUCGCUUCUGUCAUUGCCGGCUGCUCCACCCACCCUCUUGACCUCGUCAAGGUCCGAAUGCAGCUCCAGGGCGAAACCCACGCCCCGAAAACCCCUCCGCAGACAGUCCGCCCGGAUUUUGCUGCCGUCCAUACCGCCGCCCGACGCGGCUCCAUCCCUCUCCCAUCACCGCCUCCUGCGGUCCCUGCGGGUCCUAUCACCGUUGGGAUUCGUAUAAUUCAGCAAGAAGGCGUCGCCGCCAUGUUCUCCGGCAUCUCCGCAACCAUGCUCCGGCAAAGUCUCUACUCCACAACCCGAAUGGGCCUCUACGACAUUCUGAAGCAAAAAUGGACAGACCCGACAACCCGAAACAUGCCGCUCCCACGAAAAAUCACAGCCGGGUUGAUCGCUGGAGCCGUCGGCGCCGCCGUUGGAAACCCUGCUGACGUGGCCAUGGUCCGAAUGCAAGCCGACGGGAGGCUCCCUGCGGCGCAGCGUCGCAACUACAAAAGCGUGGUGGACGCCAUCGUCCGCAUGGUCAAGCAGGAAGGGGUGACGAGCCUUUGGCGCGGGUCGUCGCUGACGAUCAACCGUGCGAUGCUUGUCACGGCGUCGCAGCUGGCGUCGUACGAUCAGAUCAAGGAGACGAUCGUGGACAAUGGGAUUAUGCGCGACGGGCUUGGGACCCACGUGACGGCGAGCUUCGCCGCGGGGUUCGUGGCGGCGGUGGCGUCGAACCCGGUGGACGUGAUCAAGACUCGGGUGAUGAACAUGAAAGUGGAGGCCGGGGCUGAGCCGCCGUACUCGGGGGCGUUGGAUUGCGCUCUCAAAACGGUGCGUUCGGAGGGCCCCAUGGCGCUUUAUAAAGGCUUUGUGCCAACGAUUUCGCGGCAGGGGCCUUUUACCGUUGUGCUGUUUGUGACGCUGGAGCAGGUUCGCAAGCUGCUCAAGGAUUUCUGAGCGUCAGAUUCAGAAAGUGGACGGUGGUGAUUCGAUUCGAUUCGAUGUGAUGACGAAAAUAAGUACUUUUCUGAAUAUAUAUGCAUGUGCCUUUAUUUUAAUUUUUUAAAUUAUUGCUUAGGCUCGUUGAGAUUGGAAAGGAAUUAAUUCGAUCCAAUAUUCUUAGCAAUAUGCCAUAGAAUAUGCCUAUGUAAUUGCUAGAUUUGCUAUAUAGAUUGGUGGUGUGAUUCCAUGGCCUCAACGAA